AAGCUUUUUAUCUUAUUUACAAAUGUAAACAAAAAUGUCUGACGGUUUCAAGAAAAUUUGGAUUGAAAUUAAACGAUUAUAUCUACAUGAAAAUCAACCAUUCCCAGAAAGUGUAUGUCUGGUAGAAAUAAAUGAAAAUGAGGGAUCAGAAGAAGUUAACAGAAAGUUGAGGGAAACAUUCCAUAUUGAUGAUGUAGAUCUUGUACUUAAGUUGAGAAACCACAGAAAAUCUUUAAUUCCAAUCAAUAGUAAUAUCACGGCAAACUCUAAAUCUGUACCUUACAAACUUGAGGUUGUCAGAAGAUACCAAAAUGUUACUCCUAAACGAAGGACAACAGAAUCGGUAGCACAAAAAGAAACAGUUAGUAUCAAGAAAAAGUACAUGGAACUUGUCAACAGAAUUCAGAAGCUAGAAGCUAGUUUGCCAGAGCUUGAUAAGAAAAGACACAAUAGAAUAACAGUUGAAGUAGAGAGUUUGGAGCAAAAACUGGACUUCCUGAGUAAAAGAUUAAAUGAAACAGAUCAGGUCAAAUGGAAGGGCAUGUUUAAGAAGAAUCCUUUAUGGUGAUAUUAUGUGUCUUGACAACUUAGUCUCUUGAAGAGACCAUUCUAAAGAAGACUUUUAUAAGGGAGAGAAUCAGCUGCAGUUGGUCAAACUAGACAUUGUAGUGUGUGAGAGUUUAAAUAACUACUGUAAAGGAAUUUAGCAUUGAUCCAUAUGUCAGAAUUAAGACUUUAAAUAUUCACUCUGAGGUCAAAUUUACUCAAAACAAUCAGCACCAACCAUUAGUUUAGCACCUAGCAGGUUAUCUUAGUUUUAUUUUAUUUUGUUAGAUAUGUUAAUUUAUUCCUUUUCCUUUUCUCUCUGUAGAAUAUUAUAACAUAUGUAUUUUAGAGUAAUUACAACAACCAUUGAAUCAGCUGAUUAGGUUAAUACAGAGGCAGAUUUGGAUGUGGCAUAGCUCCCUUUUCCCUGAUUUUGUUAUAUUAGGGAAUUUCUGAAGCAUGACUGGAGCAUGUCCCCUCUUAGGCAGUCAGUGAGCCCCACUUAUGAAAAUUACUGGAUCCGCCUCUGAUACAGUUUAAUUUAUAAAAUACUUAUUUGGUUAUCAGUGGGAUUUUGGUUUAUGAAGGACAUUGGCAACAAGUAUACAUGUUUUUAUCCCUCUAAUACAAUCUCUCAAUGGCUAUGUAUUUGUGAUAUUUAUGGUUUCAAUAAUUUAUAAAAUUAAUCAAUUAAUCUCUGCAUUUAUCACUUCAGUUUCCCAUUAAGCAAUAGAGUAUUGUCUAAUAAAUUGUUAUAAAAUUGAUUCUUAAUAUCCUUAAUAAUUUUGUUGUCAAAUUAAUUUUGAUAAUACAGAAAUAAUUUGUUUUAUAGACAUAGAAAUGAUUAGCAUGGUUACAGACAAUGAUGUUAAUCAUGCUAUUCAGAACUCAGUCCGGAUCCUUAUAUAAUGUAAAGAGCAUAGAAUGUAUUGUUAAUGUUUUAGAGCGGCUUCCGAAAGACAGACAAUAUCUGUUAAGAAAUUGACUUAAUGCAAGUGCAUGUAUAACACUUUGAUUGAUUUGAAAAUGUUCAGAUAUGAAUAAAAGAUGAUUUUUUUGUCUCUUUUGUAGGUUUUUUUAACAACUCAAUUUUUUUUUUUUUAAACAGUUACAGACUUUUCAUAGCAAUCUGAAAUAGAUUAACAAAAGUAUUAAUAUUCCUUUGCAUAUGGUCAAUUUCUAUUCAAUGCAGCUGGUAUGAUGUAGAAUUGAAAAUUUUGCCUGUUCUGUCAGCUAAAAGCACACACUUAGAGGAGAAACUAAAUUACUAGACUUAAUUGUAUACAUCUCUACUGUUUAAGAAAUUAACAUAUUCUUUGAUAUAAUCCUAUCUUUAAAUAGCAAUUCCAACUUUUAAAAAUUUGUCUGAUUUAUUAAAAAUGACCUGAUUUGUUAUGGACCAAAAAUAGUCACGUUAACAGAAAAACUAGUAACAGUGCAUAUAUACACACAAAAUUAUUUUUAGAUCUAGUCUAUAUUUAUCAUGUUGUGAUAUAGUUAUACAUUUAUAUCUGUUUAUUUUGACAAUGUUAUAAAUGUAUUAUACUUGUAAUAAAUAUCUGUAACUC